GCGUGCUUGGUUACCUCAGCAGCAUCCGUCGGUGUGACAAUGCAGCACGCGAAUCAAUGGCAUAGAAGUAUUUGUGUUAUUUUGGAAUGGAGGAGGUAAAAGAUGACAAGACAUGCAAGGGGUUUGUAGACAGACUCACCCUCGGUAUUAUUCGGGUUUUGGGGAACCUCCCAGGUGUGCUGGAUGUACGAUUUGUAGAGAAACCCCCUGCAGAAAAGCGAUGCCUUCUCUCCUGGGAGCAGAAAAACAACUGUGCUUUGCCGGAAGAUCUAAGAGAUUUCUAUCUCACAACAGAUGGCUUCAUGCUUGCCUGGAACACCAAGCUGGAAAAUGAAGUGGUUCCAGUGGGUUGCAUGAUGAUCAGCAAUGUUGCUCAGUUACGCCCCCUGAUUCAGUCAAAUGUAUAUUCCCUCCCCAAUGCACCUACUUUAGCUGAUCUUGACUUCGAUGAUGACUUAGAGGAAUCAGAUGGCCCUGAAAAACCUCAUUUUGAUUCUCGUAGCCGCAUCUUUGAGCUGGACCCCUGCAAUGGUAAUGGCAAAGUUUGCCUUGUUUACAAGAAUUGCACUUCAGGUGUAAUGGCCCAGCAGUGUGAGGUGUGGUUCUUGGACCGAUCACUUUUCUGGCACUAUCUCACCCCCUCCUUCACUGCCUACUACCGGCUUAUGAUCACUCAUCUGGGGCUGCCGGAGUGGCAGUAUAAUUUCACUCCGUAUGGCCCCAGCCCACAAGCUAAGGUCAGCAUUAUCUAUUCAGAUCUAUCUAAACCGAAGAUUUGA